AGGUUUUAAUUAUUGAAAGAAUCCUGAAACAUUUUUACAAAUGGCUACUGCUCAACUCUCUCAUUCCAUCAGAAUUCACAAGGCAUCUAAGGAAACAGUUUUUCCAUCCCAAAUCACUAAUGAGCAUGAGUCACUGAUAAUGGUGAAGAAACUUUUUGCUACUUCUAUUUCAUGCAUAACAUACCUAAGGGGCCUGUUCCCAGAGAGUUCUUAUGGAGAACGCCAUUUGGAUGAUCUCAGUUUAAAAAUUCUUCGAGAAGACAAAAAAUGUCCUGGGUCAUUGCAUAUUAUCAAAUGGUAUAUAGGAAGCAUGAAAGUGACUGAGAUAUACCAGUUCAAAUUCAAAUACACAAAAGAAGGAGCCACUAUGGAUUUUGACAGCAGUAGUACAAGCUUUGAAAGUGGAACAAAUAGUAAAGAUAUCAAGAAGGCCAGUGUACUACUGAUUCGUAAAUUAUAUAUACUGAUGCAGAACCUUGGACCCCUUCCUAAUGAUGUUAUACUUACUAUGAAACUCCAUUACUACAAUUCAGUGACUCCACAUGAUUACCAACCACCUGGUUUUAAAGAAGGGGUGAAUUCACACUUCUUGCUGUUUGAUGGGGAACCUGUCAAUCUGCAAGUGGGAUUGGUCUCCACAGGCUUUCAUAGCAUGAAAGUAAAAGUCACUACGGAGGCAGCCAGAUUAUCUGAUUUGGAGAACAAUCUGUUUCAGGAGAAUAAUACUACUGAAAUUGUCCAUCAGGGUCUAGACUGUGAUGAUGAAGAAGAGGAGUACAACAAUCAAAUUCAAAGAAUGAAUUUUGUGUACAGUCAGCAAAGUUCUGAAAGCUCCAGGAAGAAGAGGAAGGUCAGCGAACCAGUGAAAGUCUUCAUCCCUAACAGAAAAUGAAAGUUAGAUGCCUUCACUACAUUUAUUUUAAAUAAUUUUAUUUUGCAAAGAUAUGUGUUAAGUAUCUUAGCUGGAAAGUAAGAUCUUAUCACCAAAACCUUUUUCUAAAUUUGUUACUCAACUUCUUUAGUCAAUUUACUGUUAAGCUACUGAGUAGGAUAUGGGUUCACUUUGCCUCGAAUCUCCAGGGCUGCUUUGGAAUAACAUUACUUCAAACCUGAGUUAGAGAUAAGACAACCCUUUUAUUUGUAAAAGAACCACAACAGCUAUAAGCUGUUGUUCCCAAAGGAAAGAAGGGUUUUCUUUGUGUAAUUAAACUAUCCAGGUAUUUAGACUACUCUGAAAUGUUUUAACUUGUUGUAACCUGUAUGCUGGAAUGCCUCUAUAGCUUUAUUAAAAUUCUCACAGAGUUACAUAGGAUAUGUGUGGUGAUGCUUAGCCAGGUGUGAUUUGUGUGUUAACUUCAGUCAUGAGGUUGAUCAGCUAAGUGUGGACCAGCAUGUGCUCUCCUUGUAAAGUUCCUCAAUUCUUACCCCUAUUCUGUUGGCCAGUCCAAACCAAGGGACAUGCUAUAAUUCAAGUGUCUGUCUCCCUUUUAAGGCCUAUGUUAAAUAUUUCCCAGUAAAUACUUUAGUUUAUCCAUCUGUAACCCAUAAAUGAUGCUAUUUGUCCCCUCCUUAAUCUGGAAUAAUUUUGAUAGACUUAAAGUAUUAUUUCUAUUAAUGGACAAUUUAAAUGUUAAAUGUAUGUGUUUUAUAGUUAAAUAAAACCAAAAUGCAAGGUA